CAUAAUUGGACAUCUCUAUAGACACUGGAAGCCGUUGAAAUACUCUAAAUCCAAAAAUUAUCAACUUUGGUAUUAAAUGCAAAAUAUUUAAUUUCGAUAAGAAAAGAAAUUGAAAAACUGUCCUUAUCCCCUUUGUAUAAUCGAAUCAAUAUCCUAUAUACACUCAUCUCUAUAACAACAACAAUAUCCGUAACGUAAGAAAGAUAACGUAAAUCUGUUGCGCUGGCGAAUCGAUUCAAUACAGUGCCCGUCAUAAUGGAAGGGCCGGAAGUAACGUUCCUUUUCCAAUUUGGAAAUAUACGUGACGGGAUAUCCGUCCCAUCGACAUCAUUAACUUUAAAAUCACUCAAGGAUAUGGCAUGCGAAUUUAUCAAUUCCAAGGUACCAGGUAAUGGAUUGACAUAUUUACCUGAACGUAUCCUUCUCUUCAGACAUGAUUACAACAGUCCAAAUGUCCUGCACAUUGUUAACUCGGCUGCUGAAAUUGUCGAUGAGACACUUGUGGAAAUCGUCCUGACAGCCAGCCCCCUGAGGUAUCCAAGUGCUGAAGUGCCAACCUUGAAGCCACAUUCACUUAAUGUUCACUCGUACAAAGCGCCCACGUUUUGUGAUUUCUGUGGUGAAAUGCUCUUUGGUUUGGUUCGACAAGGACUCAAGUGUGAUGGAUGCAGCCAAAAUUAUCACAAACGUUGUGUGGUUAAGAUCCCUAACAAUUGUAGCCGCCCUAAUGACACAUCCUCGAGGCGUUCAUCAACGUUACAACCACCACGUAGUCCAUCUGGUGGCUCAACCAAUUCGUUAAUAUCUGAAGAUUCUGGAAGGAAUGAUUCCGGAACAUCGCUGGUAAAGAGGAUGUCUGACCUAAUGAACGAUAUAAUUAAGAAUUAAUUGCAUUAACGAUUUCAUUUUAUACUAUAUACUAUUUUUAUGUGUAGUAUCGUUCGUUUUGUUAUUUUUUUUUCUUGCUCUGUUCGAUUCGUCCGUCCUGGAGAGUUCUUUUUUUUAAAUUUUAUUUUUAAUUCAUGUUAAUCUCUUUCUGCUCGAAUGCUCGAAAAGCUCUUAAUGGAAUUUUAGUUUCUGAUGGUGGUGGUGUUGGAUAUGAAAUGGUAGUCCUUUCGUGGAUAAAUGGAUUAUAUAAAUUGGAUUUAGGUUUUCAUUUAUGCAGACAAGACAAAAAAUAGUUUGGUCUUUAAAUCAUAAAACAGUAAUUGGAACAUUCAUUUUCUUUUGGAAUUUCAGUUUAUGUUUGUCUAUAGAAAAAUAAAUAAAAGCGAAAUUGCAUGAGUUCUGUGGGAUUGCGGGCUUUAUGAAAAAAGAUCUGUUUGCAUUAAAAAUGCCUCAAGGAACUUUUUCUCUUAUUCAAGAACAAAAAAAAAUAAAACAGAUAAAGUUGUUCAUUGAGGUAGAACUUAAGCCAAGUAAAAAAUGGUAUGUUUCAUUUAAAGAUGCCUGAAGGAUUUUUGUCUCUUAUUCAAGGAAAAAAAAAAAACAGCUAAAACUUUUAUUUGAGGUGGAAUUUAAUUUGAGAAAAAGGUGUUUGAAAUUCGUGCUCUUUUUUUAAGCUAUUAACACGUCUAGGUAUAUUUAGGUGGGAAAUUAAUUUUCAUAGACCAAAUAAGUGCCUCAAGGAAAAAGAAGGUAUACAGUACGUCCUUGGAGUUUUUACUUUGUAUUUGGGUAUACUUUAGUAGAUUAGAACAAAACCUUGUUUUAUUUUAUUUUUGUAACUUUUAUUUAAACAUACAAUUAUUGUACUGGAAUCUUGAUAACACAAAUCCGCUGGCCUGUAUAGUAUCCCUGCUCUUGCUCUGAAGCGGUGUUCUUAAACGCUGUCAAAACUACUGCCUUAGCUUUUCUAUCUGUCUGCAGGUUUCUUUCGGAGUGAAUAGAAUACAGCAUUUGUUCAGCCUGUCCCUAAAAAAUGGAAAUCCUCCUCUCUCUACAACUAUCGUCCAAUUGAAAUUAGGUCCAUUCCUUCCAUGGUCAUGGAAACGCUGAUUUAUUUUACAGAGAAAUAUCUUGAAGAACAAAAGCGUCUUAAUGACCUUAGCAAUAGGUCAAUUUUACAUCGUUUUGGAGAAAGUAAGAUUAUUGCACUUGAUAUUUCAAAGGCAUUCGAUAGAAUUUGACAUCAAGCUCUCUUGUCGAAAAUUCGUUCUUUUUGGUAUUGACGAAUCCCUUCUUUGUUGGGUUAGUAAUGAACUUCUAGAACGUUCAAUUCAAGUAGUAUUGGAAGAGUUAAAAUCCAAUAUCUAAAAAAUAAACGCUGGUGUGCCCCAGGGCUCCGUUUUGUCUCCGACACUCUUCCUCAUUUUUAUAAAUAAUCUUUUGUCUGAAGCUUCAAAACCCACUAAAUUGUUUCGCUGAUGACAGUACUCUCAGCUUUUCGUAAAAGUAUAGGGGUUUCAUUUCCAAAGUUCGUGCCCGUACAUCGGCAAUGACCCUGCGAAGGUUGUCCUCCAAGUGGUCAAUUGUUUCGUGCUUAACAAUGUAGAGUAUUGACUUCACAUAUCCCCACAGAAAAUAGUCAACCAGCACCAAAAUCCCACUAUUUUGGAGGUUAAUUCAAGGGUCCGUAAUGUGAAACUAUACGGUUGCUAAAGGUUUCCUUAAAAAUAAGGGGUGUCUAACGGCAGAUUUAUAUUUUCAAAAUUAAAUUAAAAAAAAACUGUUUUCAAAACGUAGUCUUGUGUUACGCGACACAAGCUGCAGUAAAGUUGAUUCAAUUACGCUGAUUUCUUGACGCUUUCCUUUAGGUUCACUUGAGUUCGGGGACUGUUGCUGUUAACUUGCUCUUUGCUUGUUGCUGUUAACUUGCUCUUUGAGGUAGCUCCAUACAAAUCCACUGGAGAUAAGUUGGGGGGCUUAUACGUUUUUUACGAAAAGCUUCCUGAAGCAAAUUUAUCGAACCUCUAGCCAUGUGUGCGGUAGCACCUUCCUGUUGGAACCACGUGUGCGAUGAAAACGAAAGAAAUCUGUUAUCAUGCGUCGGUAGUUGCCAUUAUUGACGUUGGUCGCCUGGCCCCAAGCAUUCUCGAAAAGAAAGGUUUACCUAUCCCAAACGUGUAUAAGACGCACCAAAAAGUUAACCUUGGGCAUUGCAGUGGCUUUUCGUUUUUUAGUUAAGGGUUAUGGUCUCUUGGAACCCAGUUACGUCAGUUUUGUUUAAUAACGUUCCCGUUUAAAUGAAAAUGAGCCUCGUAGAUCCAAAAAAUGGGAUUCAUAGUACGAAAAAAUUUUUGCGUGAAACAAAAACACUUUCUUAAAAUUCUAGAACAAUUUGAAUGUUAAAUGAAUGGAUUAAACUUUAAAUCCUGUUUUAAAAUUUUAUGAAUAGACUUUCUUCAACUACUGUUUGUUUCCGGAAGUCCUUCACUUGGCCCUGACCGUGGAGUGUUCAUAGCCAAAGCAGUUGCGCAGAACUUCUGCAUCUACGAACGAAUUCACACUCGAACCACCACCUAUUCGUCGUAUACCGAAGUGUGAACAAAACUGUCGACUCGCAGUUACGUACGAAUCGUUAAUCUUUGAAAAUGUGAUGCUCACUUGAUUAGUGCUACAUCGUGACUAACUCUAAAUCCCCCACCCCCCUCCGCACCAUUUAUAACUUUUUGAAAUAAUCGUAUUAAAAAACAUAAAUCUGCCACCAGACACCCUAUAUAAAUUGUGAAACGAACUGUUCAUGUUGCGCCACCUUUUUGCUUGUGGAUGAACUUAAUAGUAAGUACGGCUCUAUAGCAAUCACCAUUGACUGUAACGUUCUGCUUUGAAUCAUUUGUAAAGAACUACGGACCAAUUAUUCCACUAACACAUAUCAUAAACAAAAAUAGUAAUUUUUUGUGGAUGUAAAUUGCGUUGUUCCAAAACAUCACUCCAAAUACGGAAGUUUUGUUUAUUGACGUAUCAUUCAAACAAAAGUGAAUUCCAUCGGUAAAUAAGAUUUGUUUAUGACAUUUUCAAGCAGAAUCAUGAUUUGCAAAAUAAAUUUGCGCAUUUUGUAUGAGUUUAUCUGUUCAUGUCUCAGUCUAGUUAUUGCAUAUGCCGAAGUAAACUAAAACUAAAUCACUUGACAGCUGACAAAAUGGUCGCCAAUAAAUCACUUGGCAGCUGAAUAAAUGGUCACCAUUUAAAAUUGUGGUGUUAACUAAAGUUCUGUGCAUCCAAAAAACGAGUUUUAAUCUUGUAAGUGUUUUUGUUUCACAAUUUGUCAAUACAAUGUAACUUUAUAAGUAUUAAACUAACUAAGCUGUAUCCCAAAAUUAACACAAAGACAAAAAUGUACACAACAAUUUACACCAUACAUUUCUGGCAAUCAUAAUACAAAAAUAGAAGCAAUUUGACAGCUGACAGUUUAGGGUUAUGUUAUUUUCAUAUGACAAUCAGAAUUCUCUCUUCGAUCUGAAGUUCCAAUUGAAUACUGUUGUUGAUGCUAAACUAAACAAAAACUAAAUUACUUGACAGCUGACAAAAUAGUUGCCAGUAAAUCACUAGACAGCUGAAAAAGAAUCACCAGUAAAAAUAUUUGUUUCACAAUUAGUCAAAACCAUGUAACUUUAUGAGUAUUAAAUUUCUGGCAACCAUAAUACGAAAAUCGAAGCAAUUUGACAGCUGACAGUUUAGGGUUAUGUUAUUUUCAUGUGACAAUCAGAAUUCACCCUUCGAUCGGAAGUUCCAACUGAAUACUGUUGUUGAUGCCAAACUAACCUAAAACCAAAUCACUUGACAUCUGACAAAAUGGUUGUCAGUAAAUCACUGGACAGCUGACAAAAUAUUCACCAGUAAAAAUUGUUGUGUUAACAUUCAAAAAAUGAGAUUUAAUCUUAUAAGUGGCUUUGUUUUAUAAUUUGUCAAAACUAUGUAACUUUAUAAGUACGAAGCUAACUUAGCUGUAUACCAAAAUUAACACAAGGUAAACAAUCUCAACAAUUAGAAGCAUCAAUUUCUGGCAACCAUAAUACAAAAAUCGAACCGAUUUGGCAGCUGAUAGUUUAGAGCUAUGUCAUUUUCAUUUGACAAUUGGAAUUCUCUCUUCGAUGUUAAGUUCAAACUGAAAGCUUAUUUUGAUUCUAACAUUUUCUAAAGUUUGGUUUUAUUGAAUUAUGUACAAGUAGUAUACAUGUUAAACUUAAAAGUAUCGCUAAUUUCCAAAUACAGAAUAAAUUUUGUUUACGAGUUUGACGUUUAGUAGUAUGAAUGUGUAAAUUGUAAGGAAAUGAACAGGUUCAGGCGACAUAAGGCAAGUUUUUAGUAUCUGAUCGGCCAGCUGCCAAAAAAUUGCCUUCCAAUUAUUUCUGAAAUUUGGGACUGCUUCGAGGUUGCUUUAAAUGACACUUCCAAUAUGACAUUUCUAAAACGGCUCUUCUGUCAUUAGCAGCUGAUAUUUUUCUCAAAAUAAAAAAAUAUGAGUUUUGAACUCGAAAAAAUUAAAUUUAUAACGAAAGUAGCUUACACAGCCUAUAAUAACCAAUGGGAAUCCCUCCAAAACAAAUUUAUUUUGUUUGUUGACUUUUUUACAGCUGUUGACCUGUCAGACAAAGCAAAUGAGAAAAAGAGCUUCCGUUUGGAGUCACAUUACGUAACAUUGCGUUAUUUCCUUACGAUUGUCAAAUGAAACGUGAGGUCGAAGCUUAAUUCUGAUAGCAUGCAUUGAAUUCCUGUGGCUGAACUCGUAAACGUCAGGUGAAGCCAAAGCUAAAGCGUGUUUGCGUUUCAGCCAUUCAGGCAACUUUAUUGGAAAUUUGACUGGAAAAUAAGUCAAGAAUAGUUUUCCUAACUAUCAACUCAAGUCAACUUAUGUCAAAUUGACAAUUGAUCAUGUUUUUUUUAUUCAACUGAAAAUUGAACUUUAUAUUUCUCUAUGAUUUAUUUAUUUUCUGUACAAUUCAAUUUAAUCUUUUGUGUAAUAGAGAUCUUUGUCAAAUUGGAAAAAAAAAUUAAUAUUUUCUUACAAUACAAAGGAAUCUGAGGAGUGUCUUGUAGACAAUAAUGUUUCUAAUAGUUUCUGUACGAUGAACUAAAGGUAGAGUUUAGUGAAGUAAAGUUCAAAGUUUGAAAUUCAUGACACUUGAAAAACUAACUAACUUCAAAGAAUUUCAAAGAAAUCAGAUGACUUCAAAGGAAGUCCCUUAUUUUGUCUAAUAGCCUUUUCUCAUCAAACCCAAAACCAGGUUUUCGGCAAAAAGUUUUCAAAAACCCGAAAAUCGUAUAUUUAAAACAUUUUCUUCUUAUUUCACAACAAAUUCAAUCCAAAAUACUGAGCUUAUGACUAUUGCUUCUGCUGGCCAAAUGUCCCUUAAGAAUCGUCAUAUAUUGUGGCCGUCCAAGCAACUUAUAGGCGGGGUUGAGGUCCUUAUGAGCGAGCAGAAAAAGUCAAUUCCUAGUUCCAGAUUCGUACAAAAAUCACACUUAUUCAGAUUGAUCACUAAAGCUGUUAUGAUGGGCUGUAAUUUCUUCAUGAUUAUCUCUUUGGUUUCUGCCUUUGAAAACUCGCCUGGCUUGUCCAAAGGACUGAGAAUCUUCUUGAUGUUGGCAUCGCUGUCCCUCAAGGGGCGAUAGCCCACUGUUGUAGUUUUAUUUACUACGGAACAACGAUUUCCACGUUGUGGAAUAUUUUGGUGCUAAUUUUCCUAGCCCUUUUGGAUAUAGCCUCCCCCAGAGAUUUUUUUUCAAGGCAAUAAGUUCAUUCCACAAAUGAACUUAUUGCCUUUCUCAUUUCUCCCAAACCCUUGUAAUUGAAAGGAGUUACCGGAAAGUCUUAUUAGAAGUAUGCGAAAGCGUCGAAAAUAUUUGUGGCGACGAGUUCGAAGUCGUAUCCCUUGGAAACCUUAUUACGAACUAUGAGCAAGUCUUCCUCGUCCUUGGGGUGAAUAGUGAAUUCCAGUUCCUCUCUUAACAAAGAGCAUUUGAAACUCUAGAUGAUCAUAAAAGAACCGCCAGUGCCGUAAAUAGUCAUCGGGCUUUUAUUCUCUUUUUAGUUGCCACGCUGCUCCCCAAAAGGUUCCUUUUUUUUCUCUUCCUUAUUCUGUAAAUAAAAAAAAAUCAAUAACUCUAAAUUUGUAAGAAAAUUGUAUAAAUAAUAUUACUUACCACUACCAAAUGUAUUUUAAAAUGAAAUAUUUUUUUUGACAGCAGCCAUUAGCUGUUUUGUUUACAUUAAUUUGAGCGCUGAAUGUUUCGAAAGGUUUGUUUGUUUAGUUCAGCUUUGAAUUGCUGCUAGUUUUUGAGAGGUUUUAUAUAAAACUUGUGGUUUACCAAAAUUGUAUGGGAAAACUUAAGUUUUCGAUAUAGGUUUUUGGCCAAAACCGGGUUUUGGACUUGGCGUGAAAAGCCUAUAAACCUACCCAAUGAUUCAGAAUCUGAAGUGUCAAAUGUCAUUAGUAAAAUUGGAGCUGUUUACGGCCAACAUCCUGUCUAAAUGUCAUCGAAUUGCAACGACGUGAAGUGUGUACUUUGAAUUAAUUUCUCAAAAACUCUCUUACUAUUUGGCACAGUUUAAUCAAAAACGAUUUUAAAAAUCCCUUUUUUUUCAUACAUUUUGUUAUCCUCGUCGCGUCGGUAAAUCGUUGUUGGUUGUGUGAAUAUCACUUCAUAUUUUUAUUUUCAAAUUAAAAACACCGAAUGCUGCAUUCAUAUUAUAAUGUCAUAUGUCAUUAAAAUGCUUGUGGCAACAACAACAAUCUAUUUAAAAAAUAUUUAUCCUUUUCAAUUUUAAUCAAACUCAUUAAAAAUGUAACCAAGCGAUUUAAAUAGACUUCCUAACUUUUUGUCUUCAUUAAAUUAAAAAUAAAUUGAAUUGAAUUUUAUAUGAAAUCCAUUUAUCCAUUUGAUACAAAUUUUUAUACAUUCCAAUUAGAAAUCCUUAAAAUUAUGAGAUCUGGUUUAGUUGUAAGUUUUAUCCUUUUUUUUGUCAUAAAUGUAAUAUUAAUUUAGUAACUUUAUAUUUAGUUGAAUUUUUUAAAUUUUUAUUCUAUUUUUGUAUUAUUUUAAUAUUGUGUAUUUCGAUGAUUUGUACUUUAAUUUUUUUUUCGAAUAAUAAAAUAUUUUAUUGAUU